AUGCUGGCGCCGGUGACGGACGAAUUAAGCCUCAUUCUCAUCGCAACCAACAAAACUCCGCAUUUGGUCGAUCUUUGGCUCAAGUCCGCGGCGGAAUUGGCUCAGUAUCCGCUCCGAUGCUGUAACUAUCGCAAAUUGACCUCCCAUCCGACAACGCACUUGAGGAGAAGGAAGAAAGCCGUCAAGCAUCAUGGACCGGGCAUCACAGUUGAUCGAAGCUGUCCCCUUCCGGGCUCAGAUGACCAAGGCGAUGGACCUUCUCGUUCAAUAUUUCUCGCUCAUGAACACCAUCACAAAGGUCGUACUGGGGACGCUGCUUGUGAUGGUUUUGCAGAGACACAAAUCCAAUAA